AUGAAACCAUAUGCUAUUGCUCUCAUACUCUUUGGCUCUAAUAUAGCCUUGUUUUUUAUUAUGAUUUUCCUUUGCAACGUUUUCCGAAAGACAAGCCACCAUGUAACUGCUGGUUCUUCGCCUCCUCCUCCUCAUUUACAAGUGAACCGUGAUGCUGAAAAGGGUGGAAUUACACCCAAGAACACAACAAGAGCUGCUGUUAUCACUAGUGCUUACAGUAGUGGUGGUGGUGGUGGCGGCGGCAGAGGAGGGAUAAGCAGCAGCAGUUGGGGUGGAGGUGGUGGCUGUGGCGGUGGAGGCGGUGGUUGUGGUGGCGGUGGUGGUGGAUGCUGA